UUUACACGGAAAGGACUUUGUGCAGUUUUGGAGUUUUACUUACGAAAAAUUUUACUGUAUUUUCUUCAUUUUCAAUUUUGUAGUCAAAGAAAUAACUGUCAAGAUGACUGUGAGUUUAGAAGAGUACUUCAGGACGACAUUUGAGGACAAGCUCCUCGUUAAAAUGCCGGAGCGUGAAGAUGACCACCUGACCCCAGCUACCAGAUUACUUGAGAAACGCAGAGAAAUGUCAGAGGUUGAACAAGCAUUGGCCGCCCAGAAAGAGGAGUUCCAGAUGAAGAUGGAGAGUCUGCAACAGAGAAGAGAAGAACUCGACAGGAAAGAAUACCAGCUGAAGGAAUCGCUUCUUAAGUUUGACAAAUUCCUCAAGGAAAAUGAUUCCAAGCGUGCCAGGGCUGUCAAGAAAGCAUUUGACGAGAGAGAGUUGAGAAAGUCUAAAGAGAAAGAAAUCUUCAGAUUACUGGAUGAGAAAAAAGACCUCCAGGGGUCAAAGGAUAAACUUCUCGGUCGUCUCAACAAACAUAAAAUCUAUCACCGUUACUUGGAGCGAACGCUGGAGGCCGCUGAAGAGUUCCAUGAAAUCCGAGAGAUUAUCGCUCGCUAUGAGACGCUGGUCGCAACGCAUAGUGAUCUGCUGGAUAAGGCUCACAGGACGCAAGAUGCAGUGGAGAAAGAAAGAGGAGCUCUGGUGAAGUUCACAGAAGAGAAGAACAAUGAGAUUCUUCAUUAUAAUAACAAGCUUGCACAGUUACAGACGAGGCUGGACAGAGCUCAGAGUGAAGCUGUUAAAUGGGAGUCCCAAUGGACACAUAUCAAGAACACCGCAGCCAAGAAGACUUUGUUACUAGGAAGAAUUAAAAUGGCAACACACAAUCUGUUCCAACUUGUCAAUAAACAUCUAAAGCAGCAGACAGUCGCUGAAGACACCGCUGAUCAGCUGAAUAGAAUUCAGAUGUUUAUCAUGGACUUGACGCAGAUUACAACAGAGAUCAAGAGAGCUGAGACAGUUGUUACAACAACUGCUGUAACCUCAAGCUAGGAGUUUUAUUUUGUUAUUUAAACGUCCUUCAUACUUAUGUAAAUAUAUAAGUAAGUUAUCACAGAUUUGAUCCUAUCAUUGCAAACCCUUCAAUCUGGUUUCGCAAGAAUUUCUGGAAAGUAUUAAAGGCAGUGGACAAUAUUGGUUAUUACUCAAAAUAAUUGUUUGCAUAAAAA